AAAGAGAACCACACGGUCCAUUUGGAAUCCCCUUUACUCCCCUUCCUCUACUCAUCACCAAUCCUGUCAGAUCAUCAACUCCAGGCUAUUCUUCCCACCCACAAAUUUCCUAUAUCCUACAAUAUAUCCAUCAUGACCGUCCGAAUUGGAAUCAAUGGUUUCGGUCGUAUCGGUCGAAUUGUGGCCCGAAAUGCUAUCAUCCACGGUGAUGUAGAGAUUGUUGCCAUCAACGACCCCUUCAUCGACCUUGAGUACAUGGUGUACAUGUUCAAGUACGACUCAACCCACGGUAAAUUCAAGGGAACCGUCUCCACUUCGGGCGGCAAGCUUUACAUCAACAACAAAGCUAUCGAUGUUUACUCUGAGCGAGAUCCCACUGCUAUCCCUUGGGGUAAAUCUGGUGCCGAUUACGUUGUCGAAUCAACUGGUGUUUUUACUACCAAAGAAAAGGCUGGGGCUCAUCUGAAGGGUGGUGCCAAGAAAGUCAUCAUCUCUGCCCCCUCAGCUGACGCCCCCAUGUAUGUCGUGGGUAAGCCAUCACAAUUCUUUUCGAUACACCUUUACCUUUAUUGCGACGCAAAAAACUGUGGAUGGUCCUUCUGUGCUUCUGCCAACAUUAUUCUUCCCGGCACAGGUGCUGCCAAGGCUGUAGGCAAAGUCAUCCCUGACCUCAAUGGAAAGCUCACUGGAAUGGCUUUCCGAGUUCCUACUGCCGAUGUAUCGGUCGUCGACUUGACUGUCCGUCUUGAGAAAGGUGCCACCUAUGAUGAAAUCAAGGCCACCAUCAAGGCUGCUUCUGAAGGCUCCCUCAAAGGUAUCCUUGGCUACACCGACGAGGACUUGGUCUCGACUGACUUCAUCGGAGACAGUCACUCGAGCAUUUUCGAUGCCAAGGCUGGUAUAAGUCUAAACAACAACUUCGUCAAAUUGGUCAGUUGGUAUGACAAUGAAUGGGGUUACUCCCGACGAGUAGUUGAUUUGGUGGUUGAGAUGGCUAAGCGAGAUGCUAAAGCCAAAUUAUAGAAAAUUGGAUGCUGAAGAAACUCACAGAAUCUAUAUUCCUCUUUGACUGGACUAAAAUGAACCUUACUGGCUUGAGAUCUACUUAGUUCCGUGACCAUGUAAAGCGCUCUCCUCAGAUCAUAGAUGACUUGUCAUUCUUACAAGUAUUGUCAUGACCGUCCGAUCAGAAAUGUAUGUAACGCCUGUUUUCAUUCU